CUUCUUUAGGCCCCCCCCAUAAGACUCACUCACUCUCAACUCACUUAAACUAACUCAUCUCCACCUCUCCUCGAUACCUCUCCCUCUUUCUCUUUCCCCUACUUUCCCCCUCCCCCCCAAUCCUAUUCUAUUUCUCCCAUUUGCCUCAUCUCACUGUCUUCCCCUCUCACCAACCUAGGGGUCCUUUCAUCCUCACUCUUCAAUUGAUCUUAUCGCCUUUUCGGUUGUACCGCACCCGAUGGAGUCGCUUCUCCAGCAGUCUCGGGCCAUGUGCCCGUUUCUCAAGCGCACCUCCCCGUCUACUCUGCGCACCCUGUCCACUGCCACUCGUCCCAGCACCAGCUCCGGUGGUGGCACCAUGUCCAACCUGCAGGUUCUGGCCCGUCGCUGCCCCGUCAUGAGCAAGGCUCUGGCCGUGCAGAGCGCCCGUUUGGCCAACACCAAGCGGUUUACCUCUGGUGUCGCCGGUAUGGAUCCCAAGUAUUUCCGCCCGGCUCCGACCAAGCGGGCUUUGCAUUCGACCUCGGGCAAUGGCGCGGACGUCUCUCCCAAUGUCUACAAGGAUUCCGAGAGAGUCGAUCCCGGUUUCCGCGCUGUCAACGGCCGGUUCGAAGCCCCUUCUAACGCAACCGUCACUGGUCCCCGUCCCGAUGCUCCGAAGACCGCGCCUUUCGACUACAAUGCUUUUUACAACGGUGAACUGGAGAAGAAGCACAAGGACAAGUCGUACCGUUAUUUCAACAACAUCAACCGUCUGGCGAAGGAAUUCCCCCGCGCCCACACGGCCUCUCAGGAGGAGAAAGUGACUGUGUGGUGCUCCAACGACUAUCUCGGUAUGGGACGCAACCAGGAGGUCCUGAAGAGCAUGCACCGCACGCUCGACACCUAUGGCGCCGGUGCGGGUGGCACGAGAAACAUCUCGGGACACAACCAACAUGCCGUGGCUCUCGAGGGCACUCUGGCCAAACUGCACAACAAGGAGGCCGCUCUGGUCUUCAGCUCCUGCUUUGUGGCCAACGACGCUACUCUCGCGACUCUUGGCAGCAAGAUGCCCGACUGUGUCAUCCUCUCGGACAGCCUCAACCACGCCUCCAUGAUCCAGGGUAUCCGCCAUUCCGGGGCCAAGAAGAUGGUGUUCAAGCACAAUGACCUGGUCGAUCUGGAGAACAAGCUGGCCUCUUUGCCUCUGAAUGUUCCCAAGAUCAUCGCCUUCGAGUCCGUGUACAGCAUGUGCGGUUCCAUUGCCCCCAUCGAGAAGAUUUGCGAUCUGGCCGACAAGUAUGGCGCGAUCACUUUCCUGGAUGAAGUUCACGCCGUCGGUAUGUACGGACCUCACGGUGCGGGUGUCGCCGAGCAUCUUGACUAUGACAUCUAUGCCUCGCAGGACACCGCCAACCCUCGCAGCACCAAGGGCACUGUGAUGGAUCGGAUUGACAUCAUUACUGGUACCCUGGGUAAGGCGUAUGGCUGUGUCGGUGGUUACAUUGCUGGAUCCGCCGCGAUGGUUGACACUAUCCGCUCUCUGGCCCCGGGAUUCAUCUUCACCACCUCGUUGCCUCCUGCCACCAUGGCUGGAGCCGACACUGCCAUCCAGUACCAGGCCGAGUACAAGCGGGACCGUGUCCUGCAGCAAUUGCAUACCCGGGCGGUCAAGGAAUCACUGAAGGAGCUGGACAUCCCCGUGAUCCCGAACCCGUCCCACAUCAUCCCUCUUUUGGUUGGAGACGCCGAGGUGGCCAAGCAAGCCUCGGACAAGCUUCUGGACGAACAUGGCAUCUACGUCCAAGCCAUCAACUACCCCACCGUUCCUCGGGGAGAAGAGCGACUCCGCAUCACCCCGACUCCGGGCCACGUGAAGGAACACCGCGACCACCUGGUCCAGGCGCUCCAAACCGUCUGGAACGAUUUGGGCAUCAAGCGCGCCAGCGACUGGAAGGCCCAGGGCGGAUUCGUUGGCGUCGGCGUCGAGGGAGCCGAGGCCGCCAACCAGCCCAUCUGGGAAGACGCCCAGCUGGGUCUGCAGGCGAGCGAAACCCUGGAGGCUGCCGUCACCCGGGAGUUCCAGGACGCGGCGGCCGAGGCGUUGCUCGCCCAGGCCACUGUCCGGAUGCAGACUGCCGCCGCCGAGAUCCGUCCUGCCGCUGCUGCUGCCUCGAGCAUCCCUGUGGGUGUCGCCGCCUAGAUUCCAUGUCUGUGGAUACAAAUUCCCCAUAUAUUAGGGAAACCAUAAUUCGUGUGGAUGUGUAUAGUGAUAAUAUUCAUUUCCACGUCCACUCCUUUAUUUUGACCGGUAAUAAUCCCAUCGUCAUGAUAUAUAUGUUGGAGGGAUUCUCCGGGGCGGGGGUUCCACUUAUAUCUCCUUCUGCGCCCUUCUCCUUCUCAAUUGGACAUGUGAUGGACGGAUGAUAUGAAUUGGAAUGAGGAUUCAGGAAGAUUCGCGACGGACCACAUCUCCAAGGACUACCUGACUAGUCGACUACUCAAUUUGUUAGGCUCUUAGAUUCUUGGAAACCGAUCUCGGCCUUCCUUUUCCUCCUUACAUCAUGGUUCAGGAU